AUGUCGUCCGAUAUCGACAUCAUUGAAAUGGUUGAUGAUAUACCUCGGCCAGUUGUUUGUAGUAAAGAGCCAAUUGUUAUCCGCGGUGUUGGGCAUGUAACGAUGUUUGGUCUAAGCUCAAGAUUUGAUACCGAAUUCCCAUCUGUGUUAACAGGACGAUUAGCUCCAGAAGAACUAGCUAAUACAAUGAAACGAGUUAAUGGUGUGCUUGCGAAAAAUAUGUCAGGCAAUAUUCGUUGGCUUGUUUGCGGCUUGCUUUUUUGCUGUUGUACAGUUGGUUGUUCAUUAUGGCCCGUUGUUUGUCUAAACAAGCGUACUGUUCAUGCUCUGGAAAAGUUAUUGGAUCAUGAAAACCAAGCACUGUAUAAUAAAUUGGGGUUACAUUGGCGGUUACUGAGACGACCGGUUGAUAUUAGCUAUACUAUGACGGAAUAUGUUUUAAUUAUAGAAAUUCUUCCGAAAACUCCUCUUCUGUUACCGGAUUAA